UUUCGCCUCAAGAAAGUUUGCGGAAGUUUGUUCUUUAUUGCCGAAGUGCAAAGUGGAAGUCAACCGUCAAGAGGUUUAAAUCAGAAAGGCACGUGAUUUUUUUGUUGUACUUCAAUAGAUGGACCUCCGUUCAGAGAAAAUACAGAGAAUCCUCUCCAAGUACAAAUUCCACGAUGUUGCUGUUGAGCAGCUGCAGAAGAUCCAUCAAAUCUACCCUGGGAUGACCCCAUCCACAGGCACAUACACAUUUAAUGACAACACCCAAAAAGAUCUCCUGAAAUUAAUCGGUAACAUCCCUGUGCAGUAUGGAGGCCGCUCCUACAACAUCCCCAUUCUGCUGUGGUUGAUGGACUCAUUCCCCUUCACUCCUCCCAUAUGCCUCCUGAGGCCAACCCCUAACAUGGUCAUCAGAGAGGGCAAGCAUGUUGACGGAGGAGGGCGGCUCCACAUGCCGGAGCUGCACAACUGGAAUUAUCCCAGGUCCUCCGUGGUGAGUCUUCUGACUGAGAUGAUUGCCAAGUUUGAGGAGGAUCCUCCACUGUCCUCAAAGACCACAGGAGACAAUAAAGACCCCCAUGAUCUCCUGGCUUUUGUUUCCAAUAUCCAGAUUAAUGAUGAUGGAAGCAGACACGUUCAACCGAUCAACAAAGUCUCAGUUGUCGGAGGAGGCGAUUUAGGAAUGGCAUCAAUGAUGAGCAUUUUAUCAAAGUGUAAAGUGGACAAACUUGUUUUCAUUGACGUUGCUGAGAGUUCCACCAAGGGCGGCAGUACAGAUCUAGAGAUUUUCAGUUUGCCAAAGGUUGAGGUAUCCAGAGAUUUGUCAGCAUCUGCGGACUCCAGGGUCGUCGUGGUGACUGCGAACGCAUGGAGCAGCGAGCAGUCGUACGUGAGCGUGGUUCAGACGAAUGUGGACUUGUACAGAGGAUUCAUCCCAAAGCUGGCACAUCUCAGCCCCAACGCAGUAAUGCUCAUCGCUUCACAACCAGUGGACAUCAUGACCCAUGUUGCCUGGAGGCAGAGUGGCCUGCCUCCGACACGGGUGAUCGGAGCAGGGUGCAACCUGGACUCAGAGCGACUCAGUCGCAUCAUGGAUAUUAACCUGAACUCCCACAAAGCAGCCUGGGUCAUAGGAGAACUUUCAGACAACAAAUUUGCUGUGAUGAGUAAAACUGGGCUGAGCUCCAACGUGCAGCCAGAGAUCGCAACAGAAUCCAGCUCUACCAAACCAUUGUUAAACAGAGCGUUUGAGAUGAUGAAGACUCGCGGCCAGCGGUCGUGGUCUGUGGGUCUGUCCGUCGCUGACAUCACAAACAGUAUCCUGAUUGAUAAGAUGAAGACCCACUCUGUCUCCACGCUGGCUGAGGGCUGGGGAGGCAUAGGUGCAGAGGUGUUCCUCAGCUUGCCGUGCAUCAUGGGAUCAAACGGAUCCAUGCGCUUGGCCGGAGUGUCACUGGGACAGGACGAAGACUCCAAACUGAGGGAAAGUGUCGCCUCUCUUUCUAACUUCAUGAGUCAGCUAAGGAUAUGAAGGAUGCGAUUGUUGUCCCAGUUCUGGGAGAGAGCAGCUGAUAAGCGGCAGAGCAGGUGGUGGACUGAGCCUGUGCUGAAGUUGAAUGUCGUUUCAGUUAGGGUUAUCUUACACUAGAAUUUUGAAGUUGCGGACAAAAUUGCUUUAAAUAUGUAUAAUUUAAUCAUAAAAUGUGUCUCUAUAUUCUCGUCGUCUACGGUGUAUUAAAAGGUGGGUAAAUAUCAAUGUAGAGAUUUUGUAUUUGAAUUUACCAGGACUGAGGUGUGCCAUACAAAAUGUACAAUUUGGAACACGUUACAUUCUAUGCAAAAGCAUCCAAGGAAGAGUUUUGAACUAUGUUUGUCAGUAAGUUGAAUUUGGCCUAGAUUUUGUAAUUAUCUGUAUUUUUGUACGAAACCAUUCCUAUGGAGAAACAUCAGGGUGUUGUCAGUGUGAGGCAUGUGUAUUAUAUUCAGUGCAGGUGCUGGUGUUCAGUCAAUAGAUUGCGUCAUUGAAGUACUCGUAUGUUUUAAUGUCCUUAUGUCCCGUCUUAGUGCUGUGUCUGUAUUUAAUGCAAUAACCUUUUCAAAUGCCUUUUUAUAUUUAAAAUCACCUUUUGCUCUUACUGUUUACUUUGUGUAAAUAUGUACAAGAAGACUACACAAUUUUGUGGGUGUGCAAUAAAUAUCUGAAACCAGA